AUGAAGUGUCAAAUUCAUGGAGAUUUGAUAAAGGUUCCUUCGACAGAACUGAAUGCUAUGACGUCACCUUGGGCAUUCACUGCUUGGGGCAUGGAUGUCAUAGGACUAAUUGAACUAGCUGCGUCAAACAAACACCGCUUCAUUUUGGUCGCCAUAGACUAUUUCACCAAGUGGGUGGAAGCAGCAUCUUAUUCAUCAGUAACAAAGAAAGUAGUCACAGAUUUUGUGCGCAACAACAUCAUAUGCCGAUUUGGUAUCCCAGAAUCAAUCAUAACAGAUAAUGGGGCUAAUUUGAAUAGCCACUUGAUGAAAGACAUGUGUGCGCAGUUCCGAAUCACUCACCGGAAUUCAACCGCAUACCGGCUACAAAUGAAGGGGCCUGUGGAAGCCUCCAACAAAAACAUCAAGAAGAUCCUCAGAAAGAUGAUCGAUAACUACAAAGACUGGCAUGAAUAA